GAUCAGACUAUUUCCCAAGUCAAUGCGGAGAUCUGGAGCGGUCUUGCAUGCAUUGGUAGGAUGUUCGGAGCAACUACUGCAGACUUCGUUAAGGAAAGGAACCACGCCGUCUCCCUGGCCUUCCGGAAACCACAGGAGCUAAGAUUCAGGAGGUAUAACGAUCCCAAAUCCCGCCUGUGUAACAACGGCAUGGACACUGUACCUCAUCUUGAGAAGGUCAGCCACGACAUCACUCCUAACGAACUCAACGGUAUACCAAAAGAGAACUUCGCCAGUUGCUUGAGUACCCUUGGCGCUCACCGCGGGUGGUCGGAGGCACAGAAGAACACCUUGCUCAUCCGAGUCAAUGCCGACAUCAACGAAAUCUGUAAGCUUUCGCCGCAAGAGGUCAUGUCAUCCCAACAUAUCUUGACGGCGGUCACCAAGUCACAUCUUCGCUGCAUUGACCUCAAUGAUCUCGAUAUCCUCACAACCCUUGGCAAUCCCUCUAUGAACUGGACAAGUGAAAAGCUGGUACACUUAGCAGACAGAUACAAAGUUUUAAAUCCAUACUUCAAGUUAUCAAACUCAUCCACUGAGGCCAUAGUUAGCCUGGGAUUAGUUCUGUGUGGCUUUAUGGAGUACGAAAUCGAAUCGAUAGAUCCAGCAGUUUACAGAAAAGUUUCAGUGAUAGUGGGCACCUACACUGCGUGUCCGGUCCAAAAGGUCAAGGCUUUACUGGAUUUGGCAACAAGGACAGCCGCUUAUGGACCUGUCGCCAAAUGGACAUGUUCUACCAUAUCUGAUGUGGGUAUUUUAAUGGCCAUGGUGAUUGAUUGA